AUAGGAUCUGAUGUUGUUAUUUACAGACAUCCACCAAUGUUUUUAAAUUACUUAUGUCUGAUCCAUAAUAUUCGUAAACAAAUCAGUACUGAUUGAAAUACAGAUUUUUACAUUCGAAAUACAUCAUACAGAAUACUCAACAAAAUGGAUAAUCUUCAUCAGCCCAUGAACAUCACCGAGUACAACACCCUGAUCACCAACAUCAUCGAAUCGGCCGUGGACGAGCUGAUCCAGAAGCGCGAAAGUGGCAAAGAGUCCCUUCUGUUGCACAUCUGCCGCCUCUGUGCCAAGGAGGAACCCCUGCAGCUGUUGGACCUAUCCGAACUGCAUUUGGACCUUAUUGCCGAACUGGCCAUCAGCGGAAUCGCAGCCAGCACCGGGUGUACCAAAAUCUGCUCCACCUGUGCCGAGUUCCUUGGGCGGAUCCGAGAGUUCCGCUGCCGGUGCGAGGAGGGCCAGAAGAAGAUUAGCUCGCUGCUGGCCGAGCGGAGCGUGAUACCGGAUUUUCUGAAUUUGGAUUUUAUCAAGUCGGAGGAAAACUACGGCGGAUUCAGUCCACCACCGCCGGAUGAGGAAGACGAUUUCCCCGAGGUGAAGUACGAUGAGGAUGAAGAUGAGGAAGAGGACACCGUUGAAGAGGAAAUACCGGCAAAGGAGCCGAAACGAGUUCGUUCCAAGAAUUCAACCAGCAAAACCUCAAGCACAACAGCUGCAAACGAUUCCCGCCGGCGGGUCGUCAACGGGAAGCUUCAGUGGGUGUGUCUGGAUUGCGAGCAAACUUUUGGAAGUUGCACCAAGUUGAAGAAACAUCGGCAGACCUGCGAGAUGGUAGGGAAUGAGAAUUCGAAGCGGAGGGGACCAUUUACCUGUGAUAUUUGCGGACAAUCGCUACCAACACUGAUGGGACUGCGGGUCCACGUGCACAAGCAUACCAAAAGUCAGGGACCGGAAGAGGAGAAAAGCAAAACUAGGAAAGUGGCUGGUUCACCGGUUAAGACGGCCAUUUGUCACGUCUGCGGAAAGUCGUUUAGCAGCACGAGUACACUUCGGUCACAUCUGGUUUUCCACCGACAGGAAAAACGGCUUGAAUGUCAGAUUUGCAACAAGAAGUUCCACAAACUGUACCGUCUCAAGGACCACCUCAACUGCCAUGCCAACGUGCGGCGAUACAGCUGCGACAUCUGCGGCAAGGCGUUCUUCACCAAAGCCAUUCUGUACAAGCACACCCGAUCGCACGACCAAAACUUCCGGAAACACCCCUGUACCAUGUGCCCGAUGCUUUUUGCGCAUCCCUAUCAGCUGCGGUCGCACAUGAUGGUUCAUACCGCGGAAUACCCGCACGGUUGUAAGCUGUGUCCCAGCAAGUUUCGCUUCACGUGGGAUCUUAAAAAGCACUACGCCAAAGCACAUCCACCGGAACCGGAAGAGGAAGACACUCCUGCUGACCACCAGAUCAUCGCCGUUGAAGCUCUCCCACUGCAUCAUCGCCUGGAGGAAGUAAUCCCGGAACCACUUCUUUCUCCAGCAGAACCUCUCCUAGUGUCGUCGCUUCCAUCCCUGCCGGAUCCUUCGACCGUAACGGUAACAACGGGUGUCCUCCUCAAGGAGCAUGACCAGCAUGACGAUCUGUCCGUAAUGUUGGCGGCCCACAUUCCGCCGCAUCAGCAACCGGAACUGACGCCAUCGGUGGCCGCCGUUCAACCGGUGGUGGCCGAGCAUCCUUUCGGUGCGGAACAUCUGCUGGAGGAAGCUUCGCGGGACUUUACGACCGAUUGCUUCCCGGCUGACCAUCUGGACGGAAGCCACGCGACCGGGGAUGACGAUUUCUACACGUUUAUGGAAUGUUGAGGGGUAGGUGGGCCUUGUGGAAAGUCGAAAGUAGGUUAUGUGAUAUGGAAUCGAAGUCGAAUCGGAAUAAAGCUGAUCUUAAUUUGU